AUGCACCCAGCAUCCCAGCAUCCCCCAUCCGCCGCACCCUCCUCUCUGCCCCCCAAAAUAUCCCAUACCGUGUGUCGGUGGACUUCGACUACAGGACUCCCCGUCUCCAUCCAGCCCGCACACCAAAGCACAAGGUGCGCCAGUCAGUCCCUUCCCCCCCAAGAAGUCCCAAGUCCAAGUCCCAACCCAGACAGGAGCGACCUGACCCAACCCAGCAGUACAGUUACUGUUCCUUCCCCGUUCGCCCUCUCCUCUCUUCCCUUUUGGCUUGGCCUGGUCUCUCUCUUUCGCCUGCACGCACUGGGGGAAGGACUGGGACCUGUCUCGCUCAACUCGCACCGCACCGCACCAAGCACCACCGCACCUGCACCCGCUGCCGCUGCGCUUUCUGCUACUCUCCUUCGGGGGACCCAUCCAUCCAUCCUUCUCCUUCGUGUCGUGCCCCCUCUCUUCCUCUCUUUCAAUCUCUUUUCCACCCUCAUCUUCUCGACACAAACCACCCUGUCCUCCCUCGCUUUGGGUCGAAACACUCGGAUUCCUCCUCAUCCCACGUCUCUCGACUCGAUACAACCACUCGAACCGUCCCAUUCCUCUCCUUCGACGAGGCGCAACCGUAUAGCCCUUCCCUCGACUCCGUCUGCCCUUUUGCUUCGGUUUCUUGGACACACUUCGCGAUCACUCGAAAACUUUUCCACCACACGCCUUCAAGACACUUUCGUGACAGUAACGAAAACGUCUGUUUUGCAGACGGUCACUGCUGGCGAUCCGGCGAUCCGCUUUGUUUUGCGUUCCCACGCCUUUUCGACGCCCUGCCCUUUGAGCCAGUCUCGAAUCCCCCGGUCGAGUCUUGUCCUCGACCUCGCUGAGAUCUCUCGACCCGACCACACACUGCCCACCGACGGAUGA